AUGAAGUCCGCAAACACGGCAAAGACAGCACUGAUCGUCAUCGAUAUUCAGGAUGGCUUUUUCCAUCCGACACAUUGGGGGCCUAGCCGCAGCACGCCGGAUUUUGAGAAGAAUGUUGCCCUUCUACUAAAGGCAGCUCGGGAACACAACAAGAAGCAGGGCGAAGGCACAGGGGAAACAUCAAACACCGUAGUUAUCUGCCACGUUCACCAUCACAGCACCGAACCAAACUCCCCGCUUCGCCCCGGCGCCCAGGUCGAAGUAAACGGCAAACUUGUCGAAGGACUUCAGCCUCAGUCAUUCGUGCAACCGCAGCAGGGCGAGCCGCUCUUCAUCAAGAACGUCCACUCGUCUUUCGUUGGUACCGGACUAGAAGCCUAUCUGAAAGAGCGAGGAGUUAGACAACUCGUUCUUCUUGGCUUGACGACGGAUCAUUGCGUUAAUACAACGACGCGCUUCGCAAACAACCUUGGUGUUGUCUCCGCGACGGACCCGAACGGCGAAAUAGACGAAGGCGAUAUCGUCGUCGCUAGUGACGCAUGCGCUACUUUCUCGAGGGGAGAGUUUGAUGCGGAGACCGUGCAUGCGGUGCAUCUUGCGAGCCUAAAGGGGGAGUUUGCACAGGUCGAGGAGACGCAAGAUAUCUUGCACAUCAUAUUUGGGUGA